UUUUUCCCGGGAACUCGACGCAGCGUGUUGUUCCAUCGCAUCUCCCCCAAAACAAUUUUCAUCUCAACAGCUACAAAAACAGUCCACUCUUAGCAGAAAAUUAAAUACCACCCUAGAUAAAAACUAAAGGGAAAAUUUGUUAUUUCUUUCGUACAUGGCAAAGAUUCUUUUUUUACUUGUGUUUCUGUGAUUUGAGUGUUUGAAAAAUUUAACACACCAAAGAAGUAAUUAAUUUACAAGUUUCAAAGUCAAAGCCACCUCGGAGAACAGUACUCAACAUAAAACACCAAUUAAAACGAGAACAAUUGGAAACCCAAGCCUUGCGGGACAUAGAUCUCCAGUCCGCUGGGAGUAAGGAGAGUAAAAAGUCAAUUAUUUGAAAAAAAUAAAGUUGUUCAACUGUUGUCGUUGUUUUUUGUAGUUCGAUGUAUCUUUGAGCUAAAUCUGCAGCUUAGGGCGUACCUUUAAAGACCGGCGUACUGACCGCUUAGGUAAAGGGAAAGUGGAGCAACAACUUUUACGUUAACAAAAGACAAUUUUUCCGCAACUGUGUCCCUAAGCAACCGAAGACAUAGCUUCGAAAGAAAAAAGUGAACAGAGGAAUACAACGCAAAAAUUUGCAUUCUCAAUAUAUUUGCACAUUCUGGUGGUAAGACGAAAAGCAAAGGGAUAAACGCUAAAUAGGCUAAGAAUAAGCUAAGUACGAUGGACUAACAGUUUGCCAGUGAGCGCUACAUUGCCAGCUAAGCUGCAAAUAUAAAACUGCAUACGAAGCAUGAACAUUAAGUCUUAAGCGAGGGUCGUUGAUUUAUCAGUAGCCUCAACAAUCAGGGAGACCACACAGGUAUUCCAAGGAUUACAAUAUGCGUGGCCGCCACUUACGCCGCCGAUUCAGCCUGCAGCCCUCGUUUAUGAAGGACGACAAUGCCGAGGAUAAGCCAAAGCGUGAAAAGGUUGGUAGAAACAACGCAGUAGAUGAUGCCAUUGGACCGGCCAACGCACGCCACAAAAUCGUCGUCAUGGGCUCUGCAAAAGUGGGAAAAACGUCAAUAAUCACCCAGUUUCUGUACAACACAUUUAGCACCAAAUACAAGCGGACCAUUGAGGAAAUGCACCAAGGCAACUUUUCCAUCGCCGGCGUGAGCCUUACCCUUGAUAUUCUGGACACUGCCGGCUCAUACGAGUUCCCGGCGAUGCGAGCUCUUUCCAUAUCCUCGGCGGAUGCUUUUAUUUUGGUCUACGACGUAACCGAUGCCACCACUUUUGAGGAGGUGCGCACAAUUCGCGAUCAGAUCCACGAGACUAAGGCCACUACCGCGGUUCCAAUUGUGGUUGUCGGGAACAAGAUCGAUCUCUUAGCAGAUGGAGAAACCGAGCGAGAGGUUGAGUACGCCACCACAGAAUCGGUAGUUACUGUGGACUGGGAGAAUGGAUUUGUAGAGGCUUCAGCUUCCAGUAAUGAAAACAUUACCCAGGUGUUCAAGGAACUGCUGGCCCAGGCAAAAAUAACUUACAAUCUGAGUCCGGCCCUCCGUCGUCGUCGUCAGUCGUUGCCGCAGCAGAUUGGUAACAAUGGACCCGGCACCCCGUUACACCACCACCAGCACCACACCCAGCACCACAAUUCUGGAGGUGGUACCUCCGCUUCUACCUCCUCUGCAGCCGCAGCUGCGUCGUCUUCCGGGGGAUCCGGAUCCCAUGCUCCUACACCUGCCCAGCUGCAGCACCUCCAAAGAAUCCAGGAGCGAAGUUUGGGCGCCAAACGCAAUUCGUGCAUCAUUUCCUAAACAGGGCAAACUAAAAAAAGGUCUAAUACAUAAUGGUUUUCAACACCUUUUCAAUAGUCAAUAACAACAUGGGUCGUAUUUCUAAACUCAAACAACAGAACAAAUAUUAACACAAGAGGUAGAUUCAUUCUAUUCAUUCUAGUCUUGUAAGGGAAGACAACUUUCUGGGUGAGCUAGAAUACAUUUUCUUAAAAACAUUACAUGUCGUCUAAUUAAACAGAUUUUUUUUUGUUCCCAAAGGAUAUUAAAACGUUUAAAAUCGCUUGAUAUCUGAAAGUAUAUUCUAAUAUAUUUUUGUCCACGAGAUUGACGUUAUCAUUUUCAAUGACUCAAAAGUAUUUCGAAAUUCUUUUAAGCAGAUUUAGCACUCUAAAAUUGUAUUUUGCAAGUAAAGAAAGAAGAAGGAUCAUAUAACUAAGCGGGGUAUUUUUAAAGUUGUCUCCCUAGGAUUUCCAAUUUUAUCAAUCUAAAAAAAUGAAAUCCUCAAUAUUGUAGAGCAAUCUCUACUCAAAUGUACCUCUAUCUUACUAUUAUUGCUCCAAUAACGUAAGUACCUACAUCACAAGUCUCUGGUUUCCUAAACUCAGCUUUUAGAAUACUUAAGUGUGUGACCAAAAAUUCAAUCGUCAAAAAAAAAUAUACAAAUCACUGAGAUAAACAUAUACAAUAACCCAAGACAAAUUAAUUUUUACAAGUACUUAGUUGAGUAUUUGUCUUAUCUGAUUUAACAGGAAUAUAUAAAAUUAUUUGUUCAUUAUUUGUGUAUAGAUUACACUGUACACAAUAAAUUUUUUUUGCAUAAAUGUGCUUUCUACAAGUUUCUGGUUCUUACAUUUCUUUUACGGAACAUUAUCUUAAGUUACAAAACGCAAAUGUUAACUCUGAGAUGCAAUUUGAAAUGAAACAUUUUUUAAAGGGAAGACUUAAAGAUUAUUUAUAACCUGUAUAUACAAACUUUUCUUACUUUGGCAAGUGGUGUCAUUAUAUCAAUUUUGGAAAGAAUGAUUUAUUUUAAAUAUGUAGUUUUAAAAAUUUUUUGGGACUCGUAGAGUUAAAGGAUAUACGUUAUUAGGUUCGUUGAAAAGUAUUUAAGAGGUACAAGUAAUCGUUUGCUACCCUUGUUUUGAUCUGUCUGUUCGUCCGUCCGUGUGAACGCUAUGAUUUUUAGUCAGUAUCACUAGCCGAUCGGCCAGAUCAGUCUGUCCGAGUAAAACCUGUGAUCUUAGGAACUUAAAAUGUUUGAAAGCUAAGAUUAGCAAUGCAGAUUUUAUAUAGGUAGACGCAGCGUUAGUUUCUUCUAGAAAAUUCUUACGACUUCUCUAAAACGGCCCAAAAUUGUCACGCACACCAACCUUCGUUAUGACAAAAGAAUAUUUACAUUUCUCCCUCGCACUGAGUGACGGGUAUCUGAUAGUCGAUAGACUCGACUAUGGCAUUCUCUUUUGUUUCAAAUUGUGCAAUGAUUAGUGAUUAGAUUCUCAAACUACAUUGAGUUGUUCUUAUUGUCAAAAUUUAAUUGUUAAAUUUCCCAAAAUUACAUUAAUGGGACACAACAAAUGCAGAUGAUUACUAUGAACAAAUUCCAAAUAUGGUCACGAAAAUGGAGAGUAUGCAAUGAUGGCAAAAAAAAAGACUGUAUUAAAUAAUUAAAUAACGAAGAAUGCACUUGCCUGUUGUGGGCGUUCAAAAAUGGCCAUAAAUAGGAUUGUUUUGGGACUCUUACUUCAGCUACUCUUUCCGUAGCUAUAUUCGGAAUGUGUGCAUCGUAACUUACAAAAUCUGUUGGAUCCCGCCUAGUUAUUUAUUAAUAGUUCCAUUUUGCAGCACAGUGUUAUACCACAUACAAAACCAUAAAGAAAUGGUAAUAAGAUUGAUAAAAAGAACUACGAUAGAAAUAAUUUUAUACUAUGUGAGUGGCGAACAAAAACAGAUUCAUACUGCAAGGUUAUAAAAUUACACAUUACACAUGAGGCAAUGGCCGAGUAAAUGCAAUUCACAUUUUAUACUAUUGCGCAUUAUGCCAAUACUUCAUAUUAUUAUAUUAAUAAAAACUUAUGUUCGAUUUUCAUCCUAUCUUAGAAUAAAUUAUUAUGUUCUGAGUAAUACGGAAAAUAGGCCAAUUUCGGAAUUUUCCUUAGGCGUCAAUUGACCCCUUUACCAAUGGUGGGAAAUCAGUGUUGAAAAGUGAAUGUGGAAGUUAAGACAGAAACCAAAAGCAAAUGCGUAGUUAAAAAAAGUAGCUUUAAUUGGCAAGAUAAAUCCAAUACCUAUCUUUAGAAACGUAAUGAGUGUAUAUUUGACUUUUAUUUCUCACUUUACGGCUAGCUAUUAUAUGGGUCAAAGAAGAAGAUUGAAACAAAUGGUUAAGAUU